UUAGAGACACGUAUAGGCCGAGCCUCCCCGCCCUCCAUCUGUCAGGUGCCGGUGUUUCCUAGAUGGAGGAACUGUAAAAGUGACAUCCGGGUUUUUCAGGAGAAAUAAGGCCGCAACCGGAUCUGAACUGACUUCUCUCUUCAUUACCUGUCAGAGCCUUAGGCAAGAUGGCCAGAACCUGACUUUACCAGUAAAGGCUGGGCCGGGGAGGGAGGGAUAUGGCUGGGGACGGCAAGAAGAAGCAAGUGCGUUUUGCCCGUGCGGUAGAAGAGGAUGAAGCAGCUGACGAAGAAGAGGAGGACACACUGUUUGAGAAGAGACCGGUGGGGUUAAGGCGAGGGCUAGUUGAGGAAGAGCAGGGCCACGGAGCUGCGUUGGAUGAUGAGGUGCGGCUGGCGCCCAGUGGAAGGAGGAGAGAUGUGGGCCGCAGGGAGACAUGUAUGACCGGGGAGUACCGAUGGUGUUCCACAACCGUCCUGUGCGCGGCCUUCCUGGGGCUGGGAAUGGCUAUUGCUGUACUUGGACCCACGUUUCCUGAUUUGGCUAUGAAUGUAGACAGUAGCGUCGCUAACAUUUCCUACAUUUUCGUGGGUCGGUCCUCAGGAUAUCUUGGUGGUUCUGUCAUUGGCGGAAUCCUUUUUGACUGUAUGAAUCAUCACCUCCUUCUGGGGACAUCGAUGUUGGCGACAGCUGCUGGCCUGUAUGCUGUACCUUUCUGUAGGAAAGCAUUUUUGCUAACUGGUGUGAUGUCAAUUGUAGGAUUAGCAAUGGGAUUCCUUGAUACUGGUGGCAAUAUUGUAAUUAUGAACACUUGGAAAGACCAGUCUGGGCCUCACGUGCAGGCAUUACACUUCAGUUUUGCAUUGGGGGCAUUUGUCGCUCCAUUAUUAGCUAAAUUAGUGUUGGACAUUCUACCCUUGAGCAAGACUCCAAGCAACUCUGACUUGCCGAAUAUAAGUACCCCAUCUCAAAGUCAGCAAGUACUGAAACUACUUGGAUUAGAAAUGCAGGGGGCUAUGUUGUCCUACAUUGUUAUUGGAACAUUUAUUUUGUUGGUCUCUUUAUUUUUCUUUAUAUUAUACACAAAAAGUCGACCUCACCAUUCAACAGGAAAGGAUUCAGAGGAGAAAUCAAAGACGGCUAAAUACCAUAACGCUCUUAUUUUUCUCUUGUUCUUAUUUUUUUUCUUUUAUGUUGGAACAGAAGUUGCCUUUGGCUCAUAUAUUUUUACUUAUGCAAAACAAUAUGUAAACAUGGAAGAUAAAGAUGCUGCCAUGUUAAAUUCUGUUUUCUGGGGACUAUUUGCUGCAGUACGCGGCCUGGCUAUUUGUUUUGCUACAUUUAUGUAUCCUGGCACUAUGCUGCUUCUCAGUGUAGCUGGUUGUACACUAGCAUCUUUGCUUUUAGUUCUUUUCCAUGACAAUCGCAUAUGUCUUUGGGCUGGGAGUGCAUUGUAUGGUGCUUCUAUGGCUACUACUUUUCCAAGUGGAUUUUCCUGGGUGCAACAAUAUACUACAAUUGGAGGAAAGUCUGCAUCCAUAUUUGUAGUUGGAGCUGCUCUUGGGGAAAUGGCUGUUCCUGCUUCGGUUGGCUAUCUUCAAGGAAUCUUUAGUACAUACCCUGUACUUAUGUAUGCUGCCCUUGCAUCUUCUGCAAUGAAUGCUGUGCUGUUUCCAGUUAUGUACAAACUAGCAACAUCUUCUGGAAAUAAGAUCACGUGGGAUGGGCAGGAAAGUGAAGACCGAAGAGCUUUGCUUUCAAAUUCUGGACAAGAGGAGGAAGAAGAUGAUGCACAACAGUGGAAUGAAGCUGAUUUUGAAGCCAUUGAAAUGAACGAUCGAAGCAGUACUGUUAUGAUAAAUUUUGAUGAAAUGCCAGGGGAGACUAUUGCCUCUGAUGUCAUUAACCAGACUCCUUUAAAAAAUUCCAAUGGAACAGGUGGUGAUCAAGUGGUACUGGUAAACAAAUCUCCCUCAAAAAAAUUUCUUGGUAUAAGCAGAGUGAAGAAGGAUUAGAAAAUGAUCCAUAUUUGGUUGCAUUUUUUUAUAGCAAAAAAAUUUAAAAAAAUAUUUUUUUAUCUUAAAAGACUACCAAGUCAGUCUUGCAGUCCUUCGGGUUUUACAGCAUCUUUUGCACACACAGUACUCUUCCUGGGAUUAUUUCAAAAUACAAAAAAUAUAUAUAUAUAUAUAUAUAUAUAUAUAUAUAUAUAUAUAUAUAUAUAAAAUCAGAAAUGCCCAAACAUUCAUCUUGUAAUUAAUAAUGAAAAUGUUGUUUUAACUCUGUGACAGAUUCAUCUAAACAUAUUAUUAAUUAUCGUACCUUUUUUUUUAAUUCUAAUAUUAAUAAGCAAAAUUGAUACAAUUUUAUGUACAGGGAGUUCCUAAAUAAUAAGCCAAGCACCUGGGUUGUCUUAUGGUAUAUAUAUUUUUUGUUCUGUCAUAUAUAUUUGAUGAAUUACAGAUGUUUACUUCAAAGAAGAAAGGAAACCUGAAGGACUUUAAUAAUUUUAAUCAUGAAAGUGUUUCUACACUAAAUAUCUUGUUGGGUUUUGAUUUUGAGGAGUUCUAUACUUUAUUUGUUGUGUUUUCUUUUCUUUUAGGUUUCUUGUUUCAUUUAUGUGUUCUGGUUAAUAAAUUUUAAUGAUUUUGUUGCUUA